AUGGCAAGUGGAGAUAACUUCAACAGUUCAGUUGAUCCCAAGAUCCCGGUGCUGAAGGGCGAAACGCUGAAGGAUUUCACCAGGUACAAGAGGGCUGUUCAGGCGGCGGAGCUAGGAUGCGACGUGCUGAUCGAGCAGACGGACCCGAGAGACUACGCCGUGGAGGAUGGAGCGAAUGUGCUGCUGAAGCUUCUGGAGACCGAGCGCUUCGUGAAAAGUAGUUUCCGUGAGCUGCCGAAGGCGUUCGACACGUUCUUCGACCUCGCACACUUCGAGAGGAAAGGCGAGGAGCCCCUGGCGGCGUUCUGUACGGCCAUGGAGGUGGCGAGACGGAACUUGGAGGAAGUGGACCCAGACACGAAGGCGAGGGCGGACGAGACGUUCAAUUUUGUGAAGAUCUCAACGACGCGGAAGAAUCUCUUCCCUCGCGGCGGAUGUAGGCACCGAGGACAAGGCAACAGGACGGGCUGGAAGUGGACGAUGCAUGCGAACGACACCGAGAACGGACAAGCUGAUGGAGAGGACCCGCACAGAGGUAAGCACUGGGUCCAGGAUGACGACGGCUACUGGUAUGAAUGCGACGAUGAUCGCGGACUCUACACGUGCACGGAGGAAGACGAGGAAGGCGACUGGGAUAGCAGUCACUUGUUCUACCUCGAGGACGAAGCUGACACGUUCCUGGCUGGAGAAGACGAUGACUACCACCAGACCCUCGUUACGACGCGAGAGAGCCGCCUCAAGAUGAACCAGCUGCGGGCGGCAAAGGGAUUCUUCAAAAGAAGGAUCGACGGCGUGGUGGACGAGAGCGCGGCAGCCGGCGGUCACGCAGCAGGCAAGCACCUCGGGAAAGGCAAUGGAAAGGGCAAGGAUGGCGGCAAGUCGAAGGACAAGCGCUGCAGCAGGCCCGAGCUCGAGGUGAUGAUCUCCAGCGACGUCGUGCCAGCGUCCCUGGUGGCCAGCGGGGCCUCGAUCGCAGUUGCAGGACGCGGAUGGCGUGAUCGCGUCGAGACAGAGCUGGCAAAGUACGGCCUCAGGCCUAUCAAGGUGGACGCACACCAGAAGUUCAAGGGACUCGGUGGAGCACGACGCGAGUCGAAGCAGAAGUGGAUCAUCCUGGUGGGCAUCGGAAUCAAGCAUGCGCUGCAGGAAUACUUCGAGAUCCCCGGCGACAUGGUCGGCUUGACGAGCAGGAAGGACCUCGCCGAGUGGAAGACGAACCUCUACAUGUGCGAGGACGGCCACUGGGCGGACUUCCAGGAGCUCGGGGUGCACGGCAAGGAGCUGGUGAAGCUGCCUGGUGGGCAUGCUGGACUCGACCUCUUCGACUACGACCUCGACUCGUACGAGUCGGAGCCCCUCUUCGAGAGGUUCCGCGUGAACGAGAUGCAGCUCGAGCCGGGCGCGUUCCUGGUCGCGGAGACGCUGCAGGAGUACGAGCCGGGCUUCCAGGUGAAGGAGCACGCCGACUCGUGGUCGCGGAGCCCUGCAUGGUUUCGGUCGCGUUCCCAUGCGCACCUCUCGAACGUGCAAGAGUUUCAGCGAGCUCAGGGCAUAGGUGACCGGGUGGGCGACCUCAUCGAUGAGUUCAAGCCAUUGGUUGACUUUUCGGCGAAGGUGCUCCGGACUCAGGCUGAAGGUGGACGCAUCGGCAUCGGCGAGAACCCUCUCACGAGCCGUGCUUGGAACGAGGAGCCGAUCCUGGAUCUGUUAUGUUGGCACGGUGAGCGACCUCCACUGUGCGAGAUGUUUACGCUACACCAGGGCAUGUUUGGACUGACGGACGACUACGGCACACCGAUUCGGAAGGCCACACGUAUGUUGGUACCCAGCGGCUCAUGUUUUCUGUGGUGGCUCGAUCGCCAGCGUGACCAGCGCCACGAGCAUGCCGACGCGGUCGGGCGAGGCACGUUGCUCUCGCGGGCUAGCGCCUGGCCGGACGACCUGGGCAAGACCCUGGUGAGUGCUGGUGCUCACGAGCUGGCGCGGCGCACCGACCUGAAUCGGGACGCUGUGACGAAGGUUCCAGAUCAGAGGACCAUGCGCGCGGUAGCCAAGGAGUUCAGGCUGAGGAGGGACCCGAUCGACGUACGCGUGCUGAGGCAGAACGAGGCUAUCCCUGUGCCUCGCGGAGCUGUGCGGCGCAUUUACGCCAUGUGCACCGACACGGGCGUGCUGGCCGAUUAUUCCGAGGCCUGCGCGGACGACCCGAACUUCACGACGGUCGAGCUGGCCGCAAGGUAUCCGACCGACACGGUGGUCGCGAUCUAUGUGAAGGAGCCGAAAGUGCAGACAUCCUCCCCGCGACGGUAUCCCUACUCGGCAGCCGACCAGAAGCACUCAAGCACGACGAUCGUGAAGCAAACGCAGUACAUCGAGACCUACAUCGCGAAGUGGGGCGCCCUGGGGAAGCUCAUCUUGAACCUGAGCCAUCCGUCGGCACACGCGAAGAAGCGACGCCUGAAGUCCUACGAGGUGUCGCAGAAGGUCCUCGACGCGGUGGACAAGUUGGACUGUGUCGUGUGCAAGGAGCUCGGGAGGCCCAACACGACGAGAUCGGCCAAUCUGAAGCUCUCGACGGAGUUCAACGGGAAUGUGUUUCUGGACGAAGCCGAGGCAGAGUGGAAAAGGGCCAUCGACUUCUUCAAGAACCAUUUCCAGCGCCUGAACCGCGAUGUGCAGCUCACCAAGAGUGACGAUCCAUCCGCGUGGACUUCGGUGAUAGCGAGCACGUGCAACAACCACAUCCGACGGAAUGGUUUCACGCCCUAUCAGUAUGUACUGGGACGAUCGCCUAACGUCCCGGCCUCGCUGAUCGAGGCGAUCGAGGCAAUGGAGGGCCAUCGGAGGCAGCUGGCGGCGCAGAGCGCAGCCCUUUUCGAGGACGGUCCCAGGAGGGCCGAGCAGAUUCGCGCUGCGGCGAACCGGGCAAUGGUCGAGCUGGACAGCAACGACGCAGUGAGAAGGGCCUCGGUUGGUCGGGUUCGCCCGCCGCGCGGGCCGCUCGUGCUGGGCCAGCUGGCGUUCUAUUGGCGUGAGGUGAAGCACGUUAAGUCGAAGCGGCUACAGGGCGAGCACGGGUGGCGAGGCCCAGCUAUUGUGCUGGCGGCCGAGGGCGAUACUAGGCUACACCUCAGCUACCGUGGAGCGCCGGCGCUCGCGACGCCUGAGCAGGUGCGACAUGCCUCUCGUGGUGAAGCCGAGAUGGUGGAGAACGAGGACCUAGUCAGGCAACUGUCGCAGUGGCGUGAAGGACCUGCCCUCCAGAAGGGCUUCGUGGACGAGCGUGGACCUGGGCCUGACGGGAGCGGUGGCCAGCGAGACAGGCGUCGCAAGAAGGACGACGGCGACUCGGACAACGAGGACGCUGUGGGCGACGCACCGGCUACCAAGACGUACCACCACUACCUGGAGAUGGAAACGGCAUGCAGGACGUUAGAGAUGGAGAUACACCCGGAGAUGGAGACGCGCCUCCCGGAGAUCGAGGACGACGAGAUCGACGACGAAGUGCUCUUCCUCAAGGUGAAGAAUCGCUCGAGGGACGCAUUCGCGGCCAGGAGGACCGACACCGCGAAGAAGCAGGUCACCCCGAAGAAAGGUCGAGAACUACGCAGCAUCCCAUCAGAAUGGAAGACGGCAUUCGAUGCGAGUGACCUGGAAAGGUGGCGUAAGUGGAUUCAGCACGACGCUGUGGAGUGGCCGAAUGAAGAGGAGGUCGCGGGCGUCGAGAAGGCGGACAUCCUGCCCAUGAGGCGCGUCCGCACCAACAAGAAUGAACCUACGAAAGAAAGCCUCUCGUACGAGCAGCAUCCGCUGAAGGCGAAGUCACGGAACAUCGUCCCAGGCUACAUGAACAAGCAGUUGCUUGCGGGCGAGCUGCAGACGAACGCUCCGACGCUCACGGACACGGCCACGGCGGUGAUCAUCCAGGAAGCCGCCAGUCAGCCUGGCUGGAGUCUCGAGCAGCGCGACGUGGAUUCGGCAUUUUUGAAUGGGAAAUAUCUCGACAGCUCCAGUCGCGUGUACUUCCGUGUUUCCAAGGGCGGAAUGCCUGCGGUGCCGGAGCUGGGAUGGCCAUUCGUCCCAGAAGGGACUGUCCUGAAGGCGAAGAAGGGCAUCUACGGGUUGAACGAUGCACCUCUAUUGUGGCACGAGGAGCAUCGCGACACCAUCCUGUCGCUUCCCGGGGUGGCUAAGCUGGGGAAGGUGCACUGCUACGGCAAGUGGCAGACGGCGAAGACCGGUUUCCACCGCUACGGGAGCUUCCUCAAGCAGAACGACGACAGUACACGGAUAGAUUUGGCGUUCCGGCUGGUGGAAAGUCAAGCUCGGGCUCACGACAGUUACUUCAAGGUACAAGACCGGCUAGAAUUCAACAAGCUCGUGGGCGACGCCAAGACCGACCACGUGGACAUAACCUUCCAGAAGCUGGACAUGGACAACGUGAUUGUGGUGGCAGUGGGGGACUCGAGCCACGGGAACGUGGGCAAGAAGAAGACCGCUAGUUACCCCGAUGUUGUGGUGAUCCUGGCAGCCGAGACGAUGGCAGCGCUUGAAGCAGUCGAGAGUGGCGACAUGCUGAGACAGCACCUGGUGGAGUUGCACCGCUGGCGGGGCUACCGGAUCCACAUGGAUGACGUAAAGGCGAUCAAGAUGGUGGAGGUCACGGAGUGUAAGUCGCUCUACGACUUGCUGCAGAAACGAGGGACGGUCCCGUCCGAGACGCGGCUGCUCAUCGACAUCGAGUCGCUCAGGAACGACAUGGAGUUCAACAGCGUGGUGAGCAAAUGGGUGAACACCAAGCAGAUGCUCGCCGAUUGUCUUACCAAGCAGGACGUCCGCGCGGGCGACUACAUGAGGUACGUGCGCCGGACGGACGAGUACCGGUUGACGGAGGACCCCACGGCAGAGCAGGUGAUCUCCGAGCAACGGAUGGAUCUGAAGGGUCGCAGGGGCGAGCACUACCGCUCGAAGUAUCCUCGUCGGCAUCGGCCUGCCGACCAGCCCUCCGUGCGGGAAGGCUCCACCUACUUCGAGGACUGCAUUGCGGACUUGAGGUACAAUGCGCGUGCAGCUCGACCAGCGCCCAAGAACUACAUCCGUUGGCGAAUGAUGCUGGGCCAGCGCGAAGACAUGGCUCUUGAGCACUACGAGAGAGAUUUCACGGAGAAGCAUAACUUGAAGGAGACGGACACGACCAACGACAUCGAGCACCAAGAGGACGUGAACAUCAUUUCGGACGAGAACCAGACCACGGACGAUACGGCGGAUCUGGACGACGUGACGGAGAUCUACAUGAUGAACGCCGCGGGUGCCGAGACCGAGGAGAUCG